AUUGGCAGGCAGAUUCUUUACCGUUGAACCACCAGGGAAGCUCUAACAUCAUUUUAGAGCCCAGUUAAGUGUGGAGUGCUGUGCUGGAUUUGGGGGUCAGGUGAGGUGUAGAGAUCCCACUCCUGCACUCAUGAUGCCUGCUUUCUAGAGAAAGAGAAAGAUACUGGACAGAUGUCUCCACUGAUGAGUGGUGUCAUAAACGACGCCCUGGUUACAGAUUCUGAGAGUUCUGCAAUGGCAGGAAAGUGUCUUUUUUUUUUUUUUUUUGCCACUGUGGUGGGUGCUUAAUUUAUGUUGUGUUAACCCAGACAGCCUCCCAGGUGCGGGAAACCGUGUGCAAGAGUCCGGAAGUAGGGCAGAGGCCGGUGUAUUCAGGGAACUAGAAUGUAGUCCCUGGAACUGGAGCAGAGGGUGGGAGGGAAGCAGAGCGUGAUGAGCUGGGCUGAGGGGGACUUAUCCCAAGGGCAGAGAGAGCCACUCGGGGCUUUGACUGGAGAAUGGUGAGGCCAGAGUCGCUGAGAGCAUCUGCAGGAAGUUAUAAGGUGCCCUGGGUGCCAGGGACCAAGGCGGGCAUUACACAGGCCUCACACGUCAAAGCUCCCAUGGCUGGAGGAGGCGACCUCUCUGGCCACGUUCUCGCAUACCUGAGCCUCAGCCCUGUAUUUGUCAUUGUUGGUUUCGUGACCCUCAUUAUAUUCAAACGGGAGCUGCACACGAUCUCGUUCCUGGGGGGCCUGGCGCUGAACGAGGGGGUCAACUGGCUGAUCAAACACGUCAUCCAGGAGCCACGACCCUGUGGAGGCCCCCAUCCGGCAGUGAGCACCAAGUACGGGAUGCCCUCCAGCCACUCCCAGUUUAUGUGGUUCUUCUCCGUCUACUCCUUCCUUUUUCUGUAUUUAAGAAUGCACCAAACGAACAACGCCAGGUUCCUGGACUUGCUGUGGAGGCAUGUGCUGUCGCUGGGUCUCCUCACUGUGGCCUUUCUAGUCUCCUAUAGCAGGGUCUACCUGCUGUACCACACCUGGAGCCAAGUGCUCUAUGGGGGCAUCGCUGGAGGCCUGAUGGCCAUCGCCUGGUUCGUCUUCACCCAGGAGGUCCUCACCCCGCUGUUCCCUAGGAUAGCAGCCUGGCCUAUCUCUGAGUUCUUCCUAAUCCGAGACACGAGCCUUAUUCCCAACGUCCUCUGGUUUGAAUACACAGUAACCCGGGCAGAAGCCAGGAACAGACAACGCAAGCUGGGGACGAAGCUGCAGUGACGGGUGAGCGUGGCUGGCUCCAGCCUCCAGAUCUGGCCUGCACGAUUCCUUGCAGGAUGGAUGGGAUGACAGUCAGAGGGACGAAGCAGAGACCUCUACAGACCCAAGUCACCGAGUGGAGCCUUUUUUUUGCUUAUUUUAAUUUUGAUGAACAGAGUGGACCAAAGGGCUGAGCCAGCCCCUCAGCCAGGACCCUGGAGGGCCUGCUGCUGGGGGGGGUGGCCUUAUGGCCAGAGACCCUCACAGUGCUGCUGCCAGCCCCUAGUCGGGCAGAGCGUGCCCUUGGCAUGGGCACCGGGGUGUGGGGUAGAGGAGGAGGGCUCGCACCUCUGGUCACAGGGCCAGGAAAUCCAGGUGGCGUGAAAAAUGCACACUAUUUAUUUUUGGGUUUUGUCAAAGGCAGAUGGGAUUUUGGAGAGGAGGCUAGAAGAGCCUGCUGUGCGGGGGCCUCCCUGCGUACUGAGGCGCCCAGGUCAGCUCCCCAGGCCCUUUGCCUUGGGCCCGAGAGGUGGCCUGCCUGGGAGCCCCAGGGGAGGGAGCAUCCCCACGUCCUUCCUGGCGCCAAUGCCAUUCCAGAACCUCGGUCAGUGUUUCCUGCGUGGGGAUGGGCCCAGAGAGAGCGCGUGUCUGGCGCUGCUGUCCUUGUGUCCUGCCCGCAUCGACCCUGCACCACAAGGGCUUUCUCUGGUCCCCUGUCCCCAAGACAGUGGUCCCUCUCUGACAAAAAGAGCCUGCACAUGUGGGUGAGCAAACCCAAGCUGUUUACAGCUCUUUCCUGUCCCGCCGUCCGGUAGUGGUUCGUCUUCAUCUCCACCCAGACAAACUGCAGAGGGAGUGGGAACUGGCGGGGGGAGUGAGGCGGUGGUGUCUACUGUCUCGCCCCCCAGCCCCCCACCCCUGCCCUCUGUGUGUUCUGAGCAUUCCUCAUCCUUCCCACCCCCUCCGAGAGGCUGGGAAUCUGCUUGGGUCACCUUGGCCUGUGCCCGGGGUGUGGCUCGCAGAUCCCCAGGGCCCAGCUCGGAGGCCAGCUCCUCCCAAUCUUGAAGUCUCUUUGAAAUGGAGUUGUGGAGAGGAGAUGCUUCUAGACUCAGAAGCUUCUAGAGCGGAACCAGACUGCUCGGGACCUGCGUUCCGAUCCCCCCCCACCACCCCCCACCUUUUCUUUAUGGAGGUUAUUAACCUGCUGCUGAAGCACAAUGUUUUGGUGCUUUCUUUUCUCAUUUGUUCAAGACAGUGUCCAAAGCCAUUCCAGACGCCAGGACCAGGGGCCUAAUCUUGGGGAAGGUUGGUCGGUCCCCACAUUUUCCUUUCCUUCCCUUCUUAUUUUUAUUUUUUACUUUUUUUUGCCUGAGACAAGCCAAGUGUGAGGUGGUUUGACUUAAGAAAAAUCAAUGAAAAUUGUUUACUAUUGUUUUAAAAUAAAAUCUUGAACUCUCGCA